CGCCCCGCCGCCCGGAACCAGCUGAGCACAGCUGGACCCAGCGGCCGCCGUCGCCAGCUCCGCAGCAGCAGCAGGUCCUGCAGCCUUGGCAGGAAGCGAGUGCCCCAUUGCUGGGGAUGUGUGGUGCUGAUAACUCCCUUCUCCUUGGCCACAGCCCCUCUGCAGGAGCAGCUCUCCCGCACCCAGCAUAGCCCUGUAAGUUCUUGCAGAUACAGCGCUAGGAAAAGGGAAAUAAUUCAGGUCUAGAAUGGAAAAACUGUUUUGUUGCUUUCCCGGCAGCAUGGUGGUGGAACACCCCGAGUUCCUCAAGGCAGGGAAGGAGCCCGGCCUGCAGAUCUGGCGUGUGGAGAAGUUCGACCUGGUGCCCGUGCCUACCAACCUCUACGGAGACUUCUUCACAGGCGAUGCCUACGUCAUCCUGAAGACGGUGCAGCUGAGGAAUGGGAACCUGCAGUACGACCUACACUACUGGCUGGGCAACGAGUGCAGCCAGGACGAGAGCGGGGCGGCCGCCAUCUUCACUGUGCAGCUCGAUGACUACCUGAACGGCCGGGCCGUGCAGCACCGUGAGGUCCAGGGCUUCGAGUCGGCCACCUUCCUUGGCUACUUCAAGUCUGGCCUGAAGUACAAGAAAGGAGGUGUGGCAUCGGGAUUCAAGCACGUGGUGCCCAAUGAGGUGGUGGUGCAGAGACUCUUCCAGGUCAAAGGGCGGCGUGUGGUCCGUGCCACCGAGGUGCCUGUGUCCUGGGAGAGCUUCAACAACGGCGACUGCUUCAUCCUGGACCUGGGCAAUGACAUCUACCAGUGGUGCGGUUCCACCAGCAGCCGAUUUGAAAGACUGAAGGCCACGCAGGUGUCCAAGGGCAUCCGGGACAAUGAGCGGAGUGGCCGAGCCCGAGUGCACGUGUCUGAGGAGGGCACUGAGCCUGAGGCGAUGCUCCAGGUGCUGGGCCCCAAGCCCGAUCUGCCUCCAGGAACCGACGACACAGCCAAAGAGGACGCAGCCAACCGCAAGCUGGCCAAGCUCUACAAGGUCUCCAAUGGCGCGGGCACCAUGUCGGUCUCCCUCGUGGCUGACGAGAACCCCUUCGCCCAGGGGGCCCUGAGGUCGGAGGACUGCUUUAUCCUGGACCACGGCAAAGAUGGGAAAAUCUUUGUCUGGAAAGGAAAGCAGGCCAACAUGGAGGAGAGGAAGGCUGCCCUCAAAACGGCCUCCGACUUCAUCUCCAAGAUGGACUACCCCCGGCAGACCCAGGUCUCGAUCCUUCCUGAGGGCGGUGAGACCCCGCUGUUCAAGCAGUUCUUCAAGAACUGGCGGGACCCAGACCAGACGGACGGCCUGGGCUUGGCUUACCUUUCCAGCCACAUCGCCAACGUGGAGCGGGUGCCUUUCGACGCUGCCACCCUGCACACCUCCACCGCCAUGGCUGCCCAGCACGGCAUGGAUGACGACGGCACAGGCCAGAAACAGAUCUGGAGAAUUGAAGGCUCCAACAAAGUGCCCGUGGACCCUGCCACGUACGGGCAGUUCUACGGAGGUGACAGCUACAUCAUUCUGUACAACUACCGCCACGGCAACCGCCAGGGACAGAUCAUCUACAACUGGCAAGGCGCCCAGUCUACCCAGGAUGAGGUCGCUGCGUCUGCCAUCCUGACCGCCCAGCUGGAUGAAGAGCUGGGAGGUACCCCUGUCCAGAGCCGCGUGGUCCAAGGCAAGGAGCCCGCCCACCUCAUGAGCCUGUUUGGCGGGAAGCCCAUGGUCGUCUACAAGGGCGGCACCUCCCGCGAGGGCGGGCAGACGGCCCCCGCCAGUACCCGCCUCUUCCAGGUCCGGGCCAACAGCGCUGGAGCCACCCGGGCUGUUGAGGUCAUGCCUAAGGCUGGCGCACUGAACUCCAACGAUGCCUUCGUCCUGAAAACCCCCUCAGCCGCCUACCUGUGGGUGGGCGCAGGAGCCAGUGAGGCCGAGAAGACGGGGGCCCAGGAGCUGCUCAGGGUGCUGCGGGCCCAACCUGUGCAGGUGGCAGAAGGCAGUGAGCCAGACGGCUUCUGGGAGGCGCUGGGCGGGAAGGCCGCCUACCGCACGUCCCCACGGCUGAAGGACAAGAAGAUGGACGCCCACCCUCCUCGCCUCUUCGCCUGCUCCAACAAGAUCGGACGUUUUGUGAUCGAAGAGGUUCCUGGCGAGCUCAUGCAGGAAGACCUGGCUACGGAUGACGUCAUGCUUCUGGACACCUGGGACCAGGUCUUUGUCUGGGUUGGAAAGGAUUCUCAAGAAGAGGAAAAGACGGAAGCCUUGACCUCUGCUAAGCGGUAUAUUGAGACGGACCCAGCUAACCGGGAUAGGCGGACCCCCAUCACCGUGGUGAAACAAGGCUUCGAGCCCCCAUCCUUCGUGGGCUGGUUCCUCGGCUGGGAUGACAACUACUGGUCUGUGGACCCCUUGCACAGGGCCAUGGCCGAGCUGGCUGCCUGAGGAAGGACAGGACCCACCAAUGUCACCAGUCAGUGCCUUUUUGAACUGUCCAUCCCUCAAAGAGGCCUUACAGUGAGCAGGGCAACUCGCUGAUAUGUGUGUGUGUGUGUGUGUGUUUUUUUACAGUAGCCAAAAAUACCCCUGAAAAAAUUCAGGGCCCUUGCACAAUUGUCUAAAAUGUCUGUGCUUUGGAAAUUAAAUUCAAUAAAAGCUUUUUGACGUGUGUUAA